ACCCCACUCAACCCGACCACGAUGACCCAGCCUCAGCUUAAGCUCACCUACUUCGACGGCAAGGGCCGCGCCGAGCUCCCACGCUUGAUCUUCAACUAUGCUGGCAUCGCCUUCACAGACGACCGUAUCACGCACUCUGACUUCGCGGCGCUCAAGCCGACACUGCCGUUCGGCCAAGUGCCCGUCCUAGAGCUGGACGGCACGGUUUACGCCCAGAGCGGGGCUAUCGCUCGCUACGCUGCCAAGAUCGCUGGCUUGUAUCCGAGUGAUGCGACCGAGGCUCUGAAGGUUGACGUGUUCUCGUGCUCGCUGGAAGACCUCGAUGGCCCCAUCGUGGAUUUCAUGUUUAAGACGUCGGAUGAAACCGAGAAGGCCCAGAAGAAAAAAGUGUUUGUCGAAGAGAUGGUGCCCAAAUAUUUUGUUGCGCUCGAGAAGAUGGUGGCUGGUAAGUUCAUCCUUGGCGACAAGCUGUCGUUCGCCGAUUUGCAAUUCCUCGACUUCGUUGACAACAAACUUAAGUGGGCGUUCCCUGACUUCAAGGUGGACGGCUUCCCCAAGCUCACGGCGCUGCUGAGCAAUGUCAAGGCGGAGCCCAAGAUUGCCACCUACCUGUCGAAGCAGUAAGUUUCACCCCAUACUUUCCGAGCGUAGUGAAUUAAUGCAGACCCGGUAACUCUAAACAUGAUAAAAGUCCUUUCCGCUGCA